AUGUUUACUCAAUCAUAAAGUUAACCCAUACUUGGGCAUCUAAGACAUCCCUCUUUAUUAAUUAAUAACAACUAAGGGGUUGAUAUAAGAGAGGAUAGUGUUAAUUUACAAACAACUGACAAGAACUAAAUCAAGUAACUAAUUUAGCAAUAGUUAGGCAGUAACUAUUUUUUGAUUGAUCUAAACUAAAUAAAUAAUACUGAUAACAAUGUCUAAGAGCAUCAAGAAUACAAUAUAUUCAAAAAGGCUUAGGCAGUAAUUAAUCAAGAUAUAAAGAGAAACAAGAAAUUUAAGUACAUAGAUAACUAUAAAGAGGAUUUAUUCGUAAAGACAAUCAAUAAUCUUGUGAAAGAACUCAUUCUUGCAUUCAAUAACAAGAUUUAAGAGUUAGAACUCAAAAUUAAUUAGCUUGAAAACUAAUUUCAACCAAGUUUAGCCUAAUAAAUGCAAAAAUAAUCUUAAUCUUUAGCAUCAUUUGCGAGUACUGAAUAAGUCAGGUUCAGUGUCGAGGAAGAAGGUUCUCCCUAGGCAACUUUGAAAAAGGAAAUAAGACAAAGUCCUUAGUUUAGGAUACAUAAAAAUUUAAACUAGAAUAUGUCAAUAAAUACACUCCUAAGUCUGAGCUCAUUAAAUGAGGAAACACCGAUUGAUUUCUAAAAUUAAUUAUAAAGUAGGAAUUUCCAAACAAUAUUUGAAUAUAUGCCUUUUCAAGAUAAUUCUCCUUCUUCAAAGAUGACAGUAGAAGAAAAAGAACAAUACUUGAUUUAGAGAAAUAGAGAAGCAUUGAAAUCAUACCUGCAAAUGGUAGAAAGAUAAACUGUAGACAUUGAUGAAAGUAUGGAUGAGAAACUUAUCCCUAACUGCCAUCCUUUGAAAUAGCCAGUCUUGUAUGAUAUAAGUUCAGAUAGAGUUUUAACUAGCAGUGAUUAAGAACAAUUUAACACAAAGAUUUCAUUAUUAACCACAUGGGAUAAUAAUAUAAUUAAGCCACAAACUUAAGCAACAUAAUCAUAAGACAUGAGUCAAAGAAACUCAUAGAACUAUUAGCAAUUCCUAUCUUUCAAAUCAUAGUAAAACACUUAAGAUUUCUACACAAAGAGUAGAAAUGAGAUAACCUUAGAAAGGAGAAUAAGCGACAUAUCAAAUCAAGGAGAGAACUAAUGUCUAAAUAGUAGUGUUCUAGAUAGUUCAUAUGCCUACUCUGAGUUAUCUAGUUUGUGCUAAGAAACAACCUUAAUGGAAAUAUCAGAAUAGAUGCACAAAGUAAAGCACAAGCAAAAAUUGAUGAACUGA